GGGUUCGAAUCUCCGCGAGAGUGCUCUCUUUCACUCUCUCUCUAUCGCUCUCUCGCUCUGCCGCGUUUGUUGAAUUUAGACGAGAGUGAAAAGGAAAGGGGCACAAUAUCGUCUGUCGUGUGCUAAACUCACAUUUACACAGAGAAUUUAAACGUGCAGCGACGACGACGAUAAAACCAACAACAACGACAACGAUGACUACUUGGCCCCCAAAUAACUACGCACAAAUAACGCACCUAUACAUUGAAUAUCGGCGCAUUGUUGGCACUACUACUGUCGCUGUUGCUGCUACUUUGAUCCGAUUAGGUUCACAGACUAAAAACGAGAGUCACACAUUGCUCGUAGAAUUUUAUCCAUUUUAUUUUGCCAGGCUUGUGGAGUGUUUUGCAAGUGCAAGAAAAGAGAAGCAAAGAGAAGAGAAAAAAAAUAUCAAGUAAAGCACCGACCAACUAAAACAAAACGCUAAAACUCCAAAUGCAAAUAAUAUGGAAACGGUUUUUAGUGCAACAGUGUUUUAUGAAACACCGAUAUAAAAUAACUCGAUUGUGAGUGAGUUUGAAACGUUUUUGCGGGGAGAGAGAGAGUGUGUGUGUGUGUUCGAACCAACAACAACAACAACCGACAAAAUACGAAACAAAACCAUACCAUACCGAAAAAAAAGAAGUUCAAAUUCCCGAAAACCCAACAACUCACCGAGAAUAAAACCACAACAACAACAACAAAAAAAACCAUCACACAUCUUAAAUCAAGAAAAUUUCAAAAACGAAAUCACGAGAAGAAAACAACAGAAAAAAAACGUAAGAGAGAAAAGAAUUUGAACGAAGAAGAAAACACAGAAAAUAAAAAAAAGAAGAUGUCUCUUGAUGAAGAACCAAAUCAUUAGAUAGAUUCGCAUAAGGUGAAAGGUACGUUUUUAAUCGCCGCGCAUGUAGAUAAAACCCCGAGUCGCUCAUCGUUUGUGUGUAGGAAAAAAACAUCAUCAUCACCAUCAUCACCAUCAUCCGUGUUCCGUGUGUGGAGUUUUGUCCGAAAAUAACAGAAAAAAAAAUACACAGAACAGAAUCAUCGACGAACAGAAAAGGCAUGUAACACAUUGUUUUGUUUGAUUUUCCGUUUGAUUUUUUCAUUUGAUAUCUAAUAUAUGUCAUAUUUUUGUGCCAGUGUACAUUUGGUGCAUUUGUUCGUUUCGAUAAAAUUAUAUUUUCAUUUGUUCAAAAGUUCGAAUUCGAGUUGAAAAGAGCGAGCGGGCGAGCAAGCGAGAAGGAAAAUGUUCAAAGAGAAAGAUGGUGAAAGAUAGCGAGUGUGUGUGUGAGUGAGAAAGAGAGAAAAGGAGAGAAAAAGAGAGUUCAAACGUAGUAGAAUACAACAAAUCGGGAGCGUUGUAUCUGUCUGCGUAUCGUAAUAUCGUCUUGGUCGUUGGCUGUCAACGUUUAUAUUCUCUCGCUCUCGGAAUAUAUCAGUUCUUUGCUUCUUUUUUUUCUUCCUUCUUUCAAUGUUAUAAAUGUGAUUCGCGCGCGCUCUUUCUUGUUCUCUCUUUCUUUCUCUCUCUCUCACUCACUCACACUUUCGCGCUUGGCUAUGUCGUCUGUUUGACUUUUUUCCGCGGUUACACUUCGAUUAGUUGAUAAAUUUACGUUCCAGUCGGUGCCAUUGAGUGUAUUUGCGUGUUUCUGAACGUUGUUGUUUUUUGGAGAAGACUUUUGUUUGCAUUUCAGUCGUUUUUUUUUAGUUUUUUUUGCUGGCUUUUUUAAAAGACAUUGUCUUGUCAUUUCCAAUCAAUUUCAUAGUGAGAGAAACAGUGAACGAAACACCAACACACACGAUUUGGACUCGUAAAACCAUUGAUUUUAAUUUUGAAUAAUUUUUUUUUGUGCACUUCUUCCACGUUCCAUACGAAAAUCUGUGUUAGAUGACAACAUAUCACAUAUGAAAUUGAUGCUGAUUCAUUUUUGAAGCGAUACGCUCAACAAAUUUACUUACAACAUUCGUGUUCAUUGUGAUUUCCCUUGAAUGUUCUCUUUUUAAAACCCAAUCCCGUGUUUUGAACACUCAUACACCAACGCAUUUUGCAGUGCUACUUGUUUGAAUGUAUAAAUUUCUGAAUAACAUUCAAUUUGUAUUCGGAUCAAUCGAAACAAACCACAUGGAUUUUUACCUGAACAUUUGAAUGGAGUUUUUACAUUGAUCAUUGCAUGAUCUGGUAACUAGCCGAGAUUGAGAGCAGGAGAUAUUAUCCAUAUCAACUGGGACACAACCGGACACUACCUAACAACCACUUUGCCCUUUUUACUACGUUUUUUUUUUCAACAACCACCACAACAACAUCAUCAAAAUUCAUCCCAACAUGAGACCGAGAAUUGAAGACUCCAUCGGUGACGAUGCUAUGGAAGACUGCGGUUUUCUCAAGUUCACCGACGAAACGCUAAAAGGAACCUUCCUACAGACGCUCAAUACGAUGCGCAAACAUCGGCUGUUCUGCGAUGUUGUGCUUAAUGUUGACAACACCGACAUUCAUGCUCAUAAAAAUGUACUCGCCUGUGUAUCACCACAUUUAAUGGAAUUGUUCUCAGCCGAGGAGGUCACACAGAAUGGACGUAACGAUGGCAUUCCAAGCUAUCGAAUGAAUGGCAGCCUCACAAAGAUCGCGCUCGAAAUUCUGGUCGAGUAUGCGUAUACAGCACAAUUGGAAGUGCCGGAUGCAUUGGUAAAGGAUGUUUAUUUGGCCGCCUGGCAAUUGAAAAUUGACCGUGUGUAUGGCGAAUGUGCUCGUCAUUUGAUUGAAGAACUGGCAGCAGAUACAUGCAUUGAAGUUCGUUCAUUGCCAGGAAUCAGCAAAAAUAAACAAUUCGUAACGGCUGUCGAUGACUUCAUCUCGCGAGAGUUUGAGGAUGUGUCAAAGACGAGUGGUUUUUUGCAAUUGUCGUGCGCUACGAUUGAUGUACUGUACCAAACCAAGACAGAAAUGUCAAUGGUUGCUCAUCAAUCGCUGUGUCGGUUGGUGCUUGACUGGAUAAAGCGUCAAAUUUGUGAGGAUAAUUUCGGUAUGACACAAUUGCUGGAACGAUCACAUAUGCUGUACUUGGCAUUGGAUAAUUCGUUGCAAGAUUGCUCAAAUCUACCACCCGGCCACGAAUCCGAAUCGGAUUUGGUACAAGACUAUAAGCGUCUCGUAUUGAAGUGUCCAAGCAACACAAACCGUCGCCGUAAGCAAAUGGGCGUCCCAGGUCGACCACGCGUUCUCAUUUAUUCGCGUGACAUUGGGCAACGCGACGAUGAACAAAGUCAAAUCGAACCCGACUGGAACUUAUUGGGCUCAACAAAGGUGGCGGAAAAUACAUUCUUAUCACUGGUCACGAUCAAUGGCAUGUUGACGCGGGUUUCGGUUCAGCUGCGAUUGAAUCUACCACCGACAACACCAUCGCCGGUUCAUGCUCCCGAAAGUGCCGGAGCCUUGCUUCAAACGCAACUCAGUCGAAGCAACACCAGCUCAAAUGGUAGCAUCAAUGGUGAUAUUGAAAUCAACCAAGAACCAGAGCUAUUCUGCGAAGUUGCCACGAUGUCAGGACCAAAAUGUGGCCUUGGCGUUGCUGAAUUGAAUGGCAAAUUACUGGUAUGCGGUGGCUAUGAUCGUGGUGAAUGCUUGCGAAGCGUGGAGUCCUAUGACCCAGAGCUGAAUGAAUGGAGCAAUGAAACGAAAAUGACCGAGGCGCGCGGUCGUUUUCAGGUCACUGUUUUGGACAAUGUCAUCUAUGCCAUUGGGGGAAGUAACGGUACAACUGAACUGGACACUGUUGAGCGGCUGGAACCGAAUGAGAAAAAGUGGCGAAAAUGUUGUAGAUUACCGUUGGCCCGUAGCAAUGCCGGUGUGUGCACAUUGAACGAUAAUAUAUUCUGUAUUGGCGGUUGGAAUGGUCAAAUUGGCAUCAAACAAUGCGAUUUGUACAAUUUGAAAGAGGAUAAAUGGUCAUCAAUUUCACCAUUAAACAUCGGACGUUAUCAGGCUGGUGUGACGGUAUUUAAGCAGAAAAUUUGGGUAGCCGGCGGAAGUGAUGCAUGGGCAUGCUUGAAUUCCGUCGAAACCUAUGAUCCGGAAUUGGAUAUUUGGACGUUUGCACCGCCAUUGCUAACGCCACGCCGUGGUUGCGGUUUGGCCGAAUUCAAUGGGAAACUGUAUGCGGUGGGCGGCAGUGAUGGUACACAUUCUUUGUGCACGACUGAGAUAUUCGAUGAGAAAAACAAAGUAUGGGCACAGGGACCCAGUUUAACAUCACCACGUGCAAAUGUAUCUGUGGUUGAGGUGGCUGGAAAGCUGUACGCCAUCGGCGGUUUUUCCGGUAAAUGCUUCCUGAACACCGUCGAAUACUUGGAUUCAAAUACAAACGAAUGGACAACAUUUGUUAACGUUGACAUCGGUCCAUCGUUAAUCUCCUCACAAACAAAACAUUCGAACGGGACACAACAGCAGUUGGAACAGCAACUGCAAAAAUUACUACUGAAAACCGAAGGUUUUGCUGGCGAUUAUGAUGGCGUAAAUGGCUGUCAUCAUCACCAUCAUCAUCAUCAUCAUCAUCAGAACGGUGCAAGUCAGAGUCAUUCACGUUCCGAAUCGGAAUCCGAAUCAAAAUCACAUCAACAUGAACAACAAUCAAGCGGCGACGAGCAAAGUAACAAUCAUGCUAAUGAUAUUGUCACCAGUUAAUUCGCAUCGUCGCUGAAUAAAUGAUAUUUUCAACAUAAAAGAAAGCAACAAUAACAAAUCAAUCCGAUUGGAAAUCAAAUUAAAUCAAAGAGCAUGGAAAAAACAAUACAUACAAAAAAAGAGAACUAAAAACGAUCCAACAAAAAAAAAAUCACAACAAAAGCUGCAAAUGAUGAUGUUCAACUUGCAACAAACAAACAAACAAAAAAAAUCAACAAGAGCAAAUGCGAAUUCGAGCUGAUAAAAUUUAUUGAUAUUUGAACUUUUAUUGUAUAAGGGUGGAUCGAAUUUUCAAAUCACAUAGGACCAUACCCGAGAAGUGUCCUAAUCGAAAAAGUAAAACAUUGAUUUUUUUCCACGCAGAAAACUUGCUUGUAUUGUGGCCAUCUUUCGUUUAAUACACUUCAAGGGUAGGAUCAAAUAUGAUUUUAAAGAUCGAUCCACCCUAAAACAUAGCCGAGAUAUGUCAUCCUUUUUCCCUUUUUAAAAGUUUAUAUAUACACACAAAGCAUUAGUCACGUAUUUCUAUACAAAUGAAAAGAAGAAACAAGAAAAAAAAACUUUAUCCAAAACAAAGGCGAUAACUCAUUAAAAAAAGUACACUAUUUCAUAAUAAAAAAAAACCAACAAACUCUGA